UUUGUUUAGUUCAGGAGGAAGUGUGCGCAGUGGAACCCGUUCGCUCCGUUCCGCACUUGACAAGUUCGCCGUCAAGCAUUUUUUGUCGGUUUCAUCGACGUGACGAGCUGGCCUUUGCAUCGUCGGAUGCUUACUUGUUACAAGUUUAUCUUACGGGGAGACCGUUUUCCCCAAAUAUCCGAAGGAGUGCCCUCUUCUUUUCCCACAAGGGGUAUUUAUCUAGCCUAGUUGCAUCCGUGCGUUAUGGCUUGGGCCCUGGAGUUCGGGUCAGUGUUUACAACGUCUUCACCAAUCGGUGCAACUGAUCUUUCAAUUUCUUAUUAAGUUAUUACUUUUCACCCUUAUCAUGGUGUGAAAUGAGUGCUCGCGAGGAGUCGUUCGUUCAGUACUUCUGGUGUGUGAAUAAUGUGCUGUGAUCUGUGAAAUCCCCAAUUUCAAAUCCAUUGAAUAUGGCCGAAGAGCUGCUAGUGAGUUUAAAUAAACGUGAUCCGUCCUGUGGAUUAGGAUUUUCUCUUUUGGGAACCCCAGGCUUUCCGCCUGUGAUCUACGACAUUGCAGAAAACUCGCCUGCGGCAGAAAGUGGGCAGGUGGAAGCCGGUGACGUGAUCCUGAAAGUGAACGAGACUGACGUUAAACGAUACAACACGAAAGAAGUUUUAAAAUGCCUGCGAUUGUCGGAGAAUCCUGUUGUCCUGAAACUCAAAAGAGAUCCAAAUAUCAAAGCAAAAGUAAGGAGUUACCUCUCCUCUCCAGAGUCGCAUGUAGAUCGAAUAGUGGACAAUGGAACUCCCUGUGAAAAAAAAUCAUCGGUCAACUCGAGUCAACCUGCGAAAAAGGUCGACGACAAGUUUAAAAAUCACAUUAGCCCCAAUGACUCACCAGUGCCUCCUCCAUCACAGCAUCCUUUGCCUGUCAACGAGGUUACUAGGUCACAAGCCAUUGUAGACCUGGAGAAUGAGCCAAUCAAAAACAGUCACCAACAGCCAAGAUUCGAAGCAUUUAUGAUGACGGGCGACCGUGUCUUGAAACUCACACGGAACCAGCAAGUCUCACUCUUGCCCAAACAUUCAAGGAAAAUUGACUCUUUGCUCAAGCAUCACCACAACAACAAUAAUAACUAUAGUAAUUACCACUCAGUUCCGACCAGUCCCAUAGAUAUGUCUGAUAAGUCUCGGAACAAUCAUCAUCACAGUAAAAAACAAAAUCACCAAGAGGUUAUUUCGUCAUCAGCAGGUAAUUCUCCUCCUAGCUCAAUCGGCACAUCCAAUACAGCUGCUCCCGUCUGUAGCUCCUCAGACGCUGCCUCCUCAUCGUAUGUAGUCAGGACCUCCAAGUCUGAAGACCAUUUGCAGUUGAACAAAAAUUCAAAUAGUUUAUCUACAGUAUCAAUUGACUUUGAUGAUGAUGUUACCUCUUCAUUAAAUACUCUGUUAGACACGAGACCAGACUCUGAGGGCGAAGCUGAUCAGAGGGUAUGGUCAUAUCACACAACAGAAUCAGGCACAAAAAUGAAAAAUAGCUCCAGUUCAGUCUCAAAUAACUCAUCUGAUAAUAAUGCCUCAUCGCAGAAUCACUCACUAUCAUCACCAGCAUCGCCAACAAGCGUAUCCUCUUCAGUCAUGUCUUCAACCUCAUCCUCAUCCUCUUCUCACGAGCGGAAGAAAACGCUCCAAGCUCAAUCAAAUGCCAAUAUUGGCAGCACUAAUCAAAAUAUUAGCAGUAGUUUAGUCAAUAACGGUGGUGACCUCAGUCAGUCGGAAGCAAUCUCCAACAUCUCCAGUCCGGACUUCCAGGAGGACUCGGAAAUCCUCAAUUCAAAAGACUUCAACAUUGAAAUCUCAGACCCUAGUGAUAGCGACUCUACACUCUUGGUCAGUGAAUCGACCAAAGGAGGCAGUUGUAGGUUGCAAAGAAAUGAGAAUGCCCAUGGCGACUCUGGUGAUCAUCGAAUAGUGAUACAGGUGAAAGGACGAUGUAGUCCAAAAGUUAAUUUCCGAAACAAUUCACGGAGGGGGAGCCACAAGGAACAAGAUUACUCUAGUAGUGGAGAACAACCAUCUUACAUGACCUUAAAUGAAGAUGAUGAGCAACUUUUGGCCCUUACAAAAGGGGCAGCCACCCUUGCUCGAGCAGUCUCUCCUCCUUUACCAAACUCGCAGAGUAGCAAUGGACUCUCCGAGGACGAGAGUGACAUUGAGUCGCUACGAUCCUUCCAUUACUCUCCAAAAGCUGUCGAUCACCCUUCUGCCUCGCGGUUAGCUAAGCGCCUGUUCACUUUAGAUGGUUUCAAAAAAUCAGAUGUAUCUAGACAUCUGAGUAAAAAUAAUGAUUUUAGCAGAGCAGUUGCUGACGAAUUCUUAAAAUACUUCAAUUUUGAAGGUGAUACUUUAGAUGUAGCGUUACGUAAAUUUUUGAAACAGUUCAGCCUCUCAGGUGAAACCCAGGAGCGAGAACGAGUUCUAGUUCAUUUUUCCAAACGCUACCUAGAUUGCAAUCCUGGUGCUUUUAAAUCACAAGAUGCUGUUCAUACCUUAACCUGUGCCCUUAUGCUACUCAAUUCCGAUCUUCAUGGUAAAAUAAUUGGACGUAAAAUGACCUGCUCUGAAUUCAUCGAAAAUCUAGCUGAAUUAAAUGAUGAUGGGGAGAACUUCCCCAAAGAUGUUCUCAAAGCCUCCUAUCAUGCCAUUAAGAAUUGUUCGCUUGAAUGGGCAGUGGACGAUGAAGUCGAAGAUAAUGGUUCUAUGAAAGGAGGAGUAGGUCUUACCAAUGACAAUUGUCAGAUAAUGGCUUCAGACAAAGGUUUCUUCCAGUCCAUGUCAUCAACUAUAGAAUAUAAGAAAGGCUAUGUAAUGCGGAAGUGUUGCGUCGAGCCUAAUGGCAAAAGAACUCCCCUAGGAAAAAGAGGCUGGAAGAUGUUUUAUUGCACUCUUCGAGAUUUUGUCUUAUAUUUACAUAAAGAUGAACAUGGGUUCAGAAAAACGCAACUUAGUGAUAAUUUACACAAUGCCAUACGCAUUCACCAUUCCUUAGCAACUAAAGCUACUGAUUAUAGAAAAAAGCAGCAUGUGUUCCGGCUCCAGACAGCAGAUCAAGCAGAGUACCUUUUUCAAACCAGUGAUUCCAAGGAGCUGCAAUCCUGGGUAGAUACGAUUAAUUUUGUUUGUGCAAGUUUUUCAGCACCACCUCUACCCGGAGGCUGUGGUUCUCAAAAGAAAUUCCAAAGACCCUUGUUACCAACUACUUAUACUAAAUUAAAUUUGCGCGAGCAAAUGCUUAGUCAUGAAGAGACUGUGAUGCGAUUAGAGUUAGAGUUGGAUAAGCAUACAAGUCAUCCCCCCGAAAGAGGUGCCAAAGCUUUAACAAUCCAGAACUACAAAGAGAAAAAUUCCUACUUACAUCAUGAGUUGAAGCGAUACAGCACUUACGCAUGGAUACUACGUUCGAAACUUUCGCAAUAUCCUGAACUAGACCAGCCCUCCUCACUGACGGACUCUUGUAUAGGAGAAGUAGGUGAAAUGGAAGAAGAAUACUGUGAUGAACCUGUGAUGAAUCCAAAUAGUGGGAAAAAUAGUCCUUCGCUGAACAGAGAAGAGAAGAAGCUUAAAAGUUCGGAGGAGGACAAGAAACCCGCUAACCGGUCUGAAAAAUAAUUGGUAUUUGUUUGCCCUUGUGUUGUUUUGAAUUGUUUUUUUUGUUAUGAAAUCAAUGCUGUGUAAUGACCCUUUUUCUUUUCUUUCUUUUCAAAGAAGCAAUCAACACUGAUUUUUUAUGUCAUAUGAUUCUAGAAUUAGUCUCAGCAAAUGUCUUUUUUUCCUGUUGACUCAGUAUUUUGCAUAAUUGUGAUGUGUACUUAAUUUUAUCUUUAGUUUGUUUUUAUCAGUGACAGAAUGUUCAUGAUUGACAACUGUAAUAAAACUGAAUAGUCAUUAUCAUUCGGACAACAUUAGUCAAUAGGGAACUACUAUUUCGGGCUUAUCUAUAUGAGCACUUAUAGGCAUAGAAAAACCAUGCCACAUAUGUUGUUUUUCAAAUGAGCCAAAAACAGUAGUUCCUCUUUGCAUGAUGGAGUUUAUUUAUCCUUUAUUCCCUUUUGCAUUUAUUAGAGAGAUUUCUUUUUUGCUCAUUUUUUCUAAGUAUUUUGGAGCAUUUAAAGGCAGUUUUCUAAAAUUUUGCAUCAAACUUAAAUUUCAUGGUUACCUCUAGCUUUUGGAAGAAUAAAGCUUCAAGUAAAAGUUCAAUAGUAGAUGAGGUUACCAAACUUGUCAUUGAAAAUUUGAAUUCAACCACAUAUUCCUCUCUGACAUUAAUUUAUGUGACUCAAAAUCAAACGUUAUUUUAGUUUUCUAAAAAAAACAGCUGCAUAGUUAUUUUCAUGUAAUCAUCAGUACCUUUCUUAUGGUUUGAAAUUGCUCUGCUAUGAGCAGUUUGUUUAGGAUAGAGGUGGGAGGGAUGUUUGUGAACCCCUCUGACCAGCAGCAGAUAGCCCUUCUCCGAGAGAAUUAUGAGGAACAAAUGAUUGAGACUUGAUUCAAAGCUACAGGACUUCUUACUUUUAUGAGGAUCACUUUAUUAUUAUUUAAAGUACAUUAUUGGUGAAACUAGAAAUACAGAUCUCUUGACUGUGGUAUUUUAAAACUUCUUUAUAUUAUUAUUUUAAAGAAUUUUGUUUGGACAGACUUUCAUCACGUCAAUUACGAGUAUCGUUUGAUACUUUUUACAUAAAAACAAAAUCAUGAACUUUUUCAAGAAAUUAUGUUGCUAAGUUUUUCAACUAUACAGACAAGGUAUAAUAGUAGAUUUUCAAUGGGGAAUCAACAAUUCAAUGGGAGGAGCAAACAUCCAACAGGUAUGCGAUGGCCAAAAAGAUGGUAGAUAAGUUUUGCCGCCCCAACGCUGUGUGUAAAGAAAUGUUGAGUCCCUAAAAGUUAAAGUUUCUUAUGAUUACUUUUUGUCAGAUUGAAAAAGGAUUUCAUCCUUGCAGAAACUAUGCUUUGAUUUUAAUGUGCUAUUAUGUUCUCUCAUUUUUGGUACAGCUUUAUCUAAGUAAAUUUUACACCACAUGAGCUACUGCUCUAAGUAUCCAUUACCAUUGCAAUAAUCAGUCAAAGAGAAACAAGUCAACAUAAGUGCUUGAAGUCUAUACAGAAUUACCUGUUAACAGAGGAGACAAACAAGGAAAUUUUCAGGGAAUUAUGUUAACUAGUUUUCCAAAGGAAAAGUACGAGACAAGGAUGACAGGAAAUUUGUAAUGCCUCAAACAGGGGUUUGUGGUUUUGCAUUUCGGCCAUCCAUAUCUUAUGAAUCUCGUAAUUGUAUACCUACUGUAUACUUACCUUUGAAGUUCUUCUUUUUUUAGUCAUUUUAACAUAUUUUUUUUCAUAAGUAUUCCUCUCUUUUAGUUCCUGUAUUUUUCCAUCCUAACUUACGAAUCAUCAAAAUUUUCUGUUCACUCCAAGUUUAUCUAUAUCUAUGGGAGUGGUGCAAAGAACAUAGACUUAAAGUUCCGUGAAGAGUAUUUGGGAAAAAUCUCAUACAAUUCAAGUGUAUUAUUACUAGUAUUUGCCAUGCUUUGCUCUUUGUAAAAGUUUUUUUUUAAAAAAAACUCAGUAUUCUUAAUGUUAGCAGUUUUAACAUGAUCAAGUUUAAUCAAGGUAUAUCAGGUCACUCAUCUAGCCAGACUGUAUUUUCUGAAAUUCUAAACUCUGUUCCUAGAGAGUAGUAUUCUCUUCUCUGUUAGAGUAAAUAAUGUUAAGCUUUCCUCAAAUGAAGUUUCCCUGGUAGCACUACGCAUAAAACUUACAAAAAAAAAAAGAGAAAAAAAUAUCGUACAAAUUUGUAUGACAGACCUGAAUUAACCAUCAUGUGGUAUUUCGUACAAGGAACACACCAACCAACUUUGAGGGAAAAUUGUGCUUGUGUGUGAGCUUUUUCCCUCUCUAACGAGAUUUCAGCUUUAAGCUGAAUUUUUUACGCACGUUGGCUAAAAAACUCCAACAUCUCGUCCUACAAGGAACACAUGUGAAUAAUUCAGCUCACCCUCCCAGUUAGUUUUCACCUCUUAAUUCAAAAAUUUUUCAUGUUAAAUUCUUGAAUUUUGAUGAUAGAUGUGUUUUUUUCUAGUACAACUUUCAAACUUUUAGAAACAACAUGUUUGAAUUUUUUUAUGAUUUAUUUUACAAGCUAUGCUACUAAGGUUACCCUUUGGUUACAUUUUUAAUUCAUACACAGCAAUGAAAUGCUAGAGUCCUUUCCUUAAGUUUUUUUUCUUGCCUCAUUUUUUAGUUUAAGCCAACCAACUUAUCAAAUGGAUGCCCCACUUCUAUUCUGUACUAUAUAAUUAAUCAGAAGCAUCAAGAAGUAUUAAUUAAAAAUAUCUAAAAUUGUUGGUUUGCAGUGUAAGAAUGUAUUCUAGCAUUUUCUUUGUUCGGGAAAAAAACUGCAAUUAUGUACUCAAUUUGAGGGGGAAAUAAAUUUGAUGAAGAUAUUUCUGUAUAAAACCUGACGUUAGACUUCAAUCCAAGGAAAGAAGCAAAUCAUGAAUAAAGUAGGACUGUAGCUGAGUUUUUUUUCAGCCACGAUAAUCUAUAAGAUUAAAUGAUACUACUCUCAAAACAAGAGGAGUACAAUUUGAAAUGAUUAAUUUUAAAUCGAUAUCAUUUCUCCUGUAAGUGUGGGAAGAGGAGAUUCUUACCUUUUAUGUAAUAGGAGCCACUUAUUGUGCAUGGUUUUUAAUCCUUUAUUAAAUUAUUUUCAUUGUUGUCAAAAAGUCACCAUGAUGUCUUGAAGAUUCUCAUGAAAACUCUCUCUGAAACCAUAAAGUGUACUCAUAGCUAAGAAGUUUCUCUUAUGUACAAGCUUUCUUUUGUUUGGAAGAGGUUUACUAUUUUUUUUAAGGAAUUCAGAGGAUUCAGUAUCUAAAUUUUCUUCUACGACCCGGCAAGUGUAAACUUUAAUGACUGCGCACUUUCCCACAUAUUAAAAGAAGACAUUCCAUGAAGACUGAAAAUUUUCAAAAAACUUGGACCAAACAUUGACAAAUGUCGGCAAUGGGCCCUCUCUUGUGAAGUUGGCCUCUCUUUCAGUUCUCUUUCAGUUAAUAAGAAAGGAAGUGUUAGAAAAUGUUUUGCUUUUUCCCAAUAUGUGUAGUUGUUCUUUUAUUCUUUUGUUUGUUUUUUGCUUUGAAUACAGAAUUAGAGGAAUUAAGAAGUACAUGCUUUUUGUUUUAAUAUAAAUAUAAAAUUUUUUGGUGCUGAACGUGAGUUUUUAUGAAACCACUCUAAAAAUUGUUAUGUUCUAUUUGCUUUUUUAAAAAAUUUGAUUACUUUUAGCAAUGCUCAAAGGGUUUCCUUCAACUUGUCUGAAACAAAUGGUGCAAGUUGUGCACCAGGUUUUCUUUAAAACCACGGCAACAACUUUUUCAAUAUUCAAUUAAAUUUACUCAUUUUUUUUAAAGCUACACUUAGCCACUUGAAUAAUUUAUUUUAGUUAGCAUUGUCUAAUUGACAAAUUUUUAGCUCCAAUCUAUUCUCCUCAUCCCGGUUUGAAACACUGGAAACCCCAUUGUUAUACAAAAUUUCCAUGCUUUUUCCUUAUUAUUUCAUGUCAAUGAGAGUGUUUCCUUUGUUUAAAAAAUUGGGACUAUCUACGCUUUGAGUUGUAAAUUCAUUUGUACAUAAUAAAUUAGUGUCAACACACAUUUUGCUGUGAAUUAUCUAUGAAUAUUAUUCAAUUUAAUUUUAUUUAUUUACUACUGUAAAUAUUAUGUUAUGAUAAUAAAAUCUACUGAUCAAAAAAUCAA